AGAAAAAAAUAAAACCUUUCCGUCUUCCCACAGAAAUCCCUUAUUUUCAAAACUAAUAUCUCAAAUUUUCACAUUUCUUGUAUUUUCUUUCUCUUUUCUUUGAAAAAUUUUGACUCCUAAAGCAACUUUCCAUCUAGGGUUUCGAGAAUUACCAGAUCAAGAUUUUGGUUCGUCGAGGAUCUAAUCAAGACGAAACCAAGGAGAAAAGCAUGGGUCUUUCUCGAGAAGUCGACGAUUACAUAAAGGAAACGAUCGAGGACUCUUUAGGUCUCCCGAUCUCGGUAAGCAAUUUGAAGUUAAAGCUCCGCGCCGCCGAAGAAGCCCAACGGCGCCUCCGUGACCAGUGCUUACUUCUCCUCUCCAAAUUGAAAGAGAAGCAUGAAAUUAUCGAACGGGCUAGGGCGGAAUCCACUAUGAAUGCGCAGGCGAUAAAGAGGUUUGUCGAGGAGAAUCAGAAAUUGGCAGCAGAGUGUGCGAAUUUGUUGAAUCAGUGUAAUAAGUGGGAAAGGGAGUGUUCGCUAUAUGAUCAUGAUCGUGAGGCAUUAAUGGAUUUUGGGAACGAGGCUGAUGAGAGGGCAAAGGAAGCUGAGAUUAAAGUUCAGGAGAUGGAGGAGGAAUUGAAGAGGUUAACGGAUGAACUAAGGUUCUACAAGCACAAGCAUGAGAACACUGAGGAUGGUUUAUCAUCUGUUGGCACACCCAUGGAAGAGAAUUUACUAGAGUCCAUUCUAUCAACAUUGAUUACUGGGGAUGAAGUUUUGUCUGGAUAUGAAUUUUGGGAGGAAAGUGAUUCUCAUGAAUCAUGUCAAAGGUUGCUGAAUAUGUGGAAUAGCUUUAGGCCAUCAACUAGAAAAGUUUUAUCACUGGUUGCUAAAGUAAAGACACUUGAGAAAGACAAGGAAAAUCUUGAGAGUGACAAGGAACAUCUUAGGGUGAACCUUGAUAGAGCUGAGGAGGAGGUGAAAGUGCUGUUUGAAGAAAACAACAUAUUGAAUGAGGAAAACAAAAGGUUAUUGAGGCAACACCAGAGAGACAAAAACAUUCAUGGCUCUGGAGGAAAGAGUACUGGUGGCGCAUCUGUGAAAACAAACAAGCGAAAAUCUAGUCCCAAGAUGAGCAGCCCAAUAGAGAAAAAGAUUGAUUUCAGCAAUGUGGCGUCAGUGAGGCAACCCCUUUCACCCUUGCAAUAUAACUCCCCUGACACAAGAAUGCACAAGGAGUGAUGACACCUUAUAAUGAUAAGAUCUAACUUCUUUCUUCUCCAAUAUGAUUUUUCCUCUUGUAAGAAAAUCUCUUACUUUCUAGGACUAGGAAUGAUUCCAUUGUUUUUCAGUUCCAUUUUUCCAUAGGAUCAUCAGGAAUGGUUUGAUGCAAUGGGAUGGAAGAGAACCGGUUCUAACCAAGCACUGAUGACUGAAAUUUUAGAAAUUAGAAGUUUUACUGUUCUGAUAUUUGUAACAUGAAGAUUGUCAUGAAUAAUCUCAAAUUGAUAUC